UGGACUUCCAGACUCAGCUGGGCUCCAGUGCCCUUCUCUGUCUUGGUCUUGGAGCCUGAGGGGAGAGUGAAAAUGAUGUUUGAUCGCUGCUGCCAGAGAGAGAGGCUCUAUAAGACCCUAUACAUAGUACACAUCUUCAUUCUUGCAGGAGCGGUGUACUACUAUUUUCACGGGUCUGUGGGGAAAACAGCCCCUGACCAUGAGAUUGUUGGGGAAUCAUCCCAGCCCAUAGGGAAGACCUUAAGGCCAGUGUGGGGGCUGAUGGAUAAGUGCUACCCUGUGACCACUCAGAGACGUAGAGUUAAGAGUGGGAAGAAGCAAGCCUCUGAGGCCAUGACCCCCAAGGCAAUGGGAGGACUGAAUGAUGCUGCCCCCAAGGAGGAGACUGACAUCUUGUCUCAGGAUGAAGGGGAGGGAAGUAAAAAGAUCCGGAAGGAGAUGGCUGUACAUCCUGCUGAGGCCUCUGAGGUGGAGAGCAAGGAGGAAAGGCCCGUGGGUAGGGUCCCCCAGCUCCUGAGGAAGCUGUGGCUGGGCUGGUUCCCAGCCUCUGACGUCCCCGAGACUCUGAACCACGAAUGACGAAGUAUCAAUAAAUCCACAGAGUUGCUGCUUCUGCAGA